AUAAUUCAUGUAUGAAUAAGACACCCUUGUUGUGAGUUGUGAGUUGUGAUGAAUAAAUUGAGCUAAGCAUUCUCCAUCAUAUUGAAUAAUUCCUCCCCAAAUCAACAACCAUGCAUUCAACAUCUUCAACCAAGAUCUCACCCACUAACACCCUUCACAUACUUGCAUUUCCAUUCCCAGCACAAGGCCACAUACUUCCACUCCUAAACCUUACUCACAAACUAGCCCUUUUAGGACUCAAAAUCACCAUCCUAAUCACCCCAAAAAACCUCCCCAUCUUAGACCCACUUCUCUUAACCCACCCAUCUUCCAUUCAAACUCUAAUCCUACCCUUCCCCCCUCAUCCCAAACUCUCAUCAGGCAUUGAAAAUGUCAAAGACAUUGGAAACUCAGGAAACACCCCCAUUAUUGCAUCCCUUAGCAAGCUUGAAAAUCAAGUCAUACAAUGGUUCAAAUCCCAUCCUUACCCUCCUCAAGCUAUCAUUUCUGAUGUUUUUCUUGGUUACACACAAAUUUGGGCACAAAAACUAAACAUACCCGGAAUUUGUUUUGUCACUUCUGGUGCAUUUGUAACUUGUCUUUUUGAUCAAUUAUUGAUCAACAUUAACAAAUUUAAAAACCCAUCUUGUGUUCAUUUUGAAAAUAUUCCUAGAUCUCCUUUGUUUCAUGAAAAACAACUUCCUUCUUUGUAUAGGAAAUAUAAAAAAGAUGAUCCUGACUGGAAAAUUGUUAUGAACAGUUUUGCUGAUAAUAAUAAAAGUUGGGCUUAUGUUUUUAAUUCUUUUGAUGGGUUAGAAGGGGAGUUUUUGGAUCAUAUGAAGAAAGAUUUAGGCCAUGAACGGGUAUUCAGUAUCGGCCCGUUAAGCUCCAUUUCUGAAUCAAAACGGGUCUCAUUGGAUAGCAGUGCCGGGUCCGGUGUGCUUCAGUGGCUAGAUAAAUGGCAAGAUGCAGGCUGCGUACUGUACGUCUGUUUUGGUAGUCAAAAAGUGCUGACAAAACAGCAGAUUGAGGCAGUAGCAUUAGGGUUAGAACAAAGCAUGACCCGGUUCGUGUGGGUAGUGAAAGAACAGGAUAGCCCAUGGAUCCCAAAUGGGUUUGAGGACCGGAUCUCAGAUCGUGGUUUGAUAAUCAAAGGGUGGACCCCGCAAGUGGAUAUACUUAACCACAAUGCAAUCGGAGGGUUUUUAAGUCACUGUGGAUGGAACUCGACUUUAGAAAGUAUUAGGGCAGGAGUUAUGAUUUUAGCAUGGCCUAUGGAAGCUGAUCAAUUUCAAAACGCAAAGCUGUUGGUAGAGUAUGUAAAGUUGGCAGUAGGAGUAUGUGAAGGUGAAGAUACGGUACCCGACCCGUAUGAAUUGGGUCGGAUCAUAAAAGAGUCAAUGAGUGAGAAUGUACCACAAAAGGAGAAUGUCAAAGUGAUGAAACAAAAGGCUUUAGAAGCUGUGAAAGAGGGUGGAAGUUCAUUCAUACAAUUGAAUGAAUUGGUGAAAAUGUUAGCAUCCAAAAUAAAUAUGAAUUAAAUGAAGUAAAUUGUUUAGGUGUAAAAGAUGUGGCAUGAAAAUGUUUGUGAGAGUGCAUUUUUAUGAAAAAUAAUAAUUAUGUCUUUAUGGAUAUAAAAUAUAAAGUGUCUGGUUAUAUAUAGUCUUAAAAUAAAAAGUCAGAAAUGUUAUUUAUAU